GUUCUAACUUGUUUAUCAUCAAUCUUGCAGUGUAAAAACAUGACACCAUACGAGGAAGAUAAGUUGAAAAGAGUGGCAGAAAAUCAAAAAAGGAUUGAGGCUCUAAAGAUUCCAAUUAUCUCUCAAGAACUUGCAAAAUCCCAUUCUGCCACUUCAAAACGUUCAACAAAAAAGAUUGGAGGCUCUAAAUAUUCCAAUUCUGUCUCAAGAUAUAUGUUCUUAUUUUUCUGUCAUUUGAUAAUUUGAUAAUGGAAUUCUUUCUUUAGGUUGUGAAGGGAAAAUCAAAGUUUGUACAACCUGGAGCUCUUGAGGCAGCCAAUAAGAAGCGCCUCCGUUCACAAGCUUUACCACAUGCAGCUUCACAACCUACACAUGUGACACCUUCACCUCAUGAUCAUGUUACAGAUCCACCACCCACACAUGAGACACCUCCAUCGCCUACACAUGUGACACCUUCACCUACACAUGUGACACCGACACAUGAUAUGCCGUACCCUGGCUCUGAAGAUGAUGAUGUAGAUGAUUAUGUAGAUGAUGUUGUAGAUGAUGAUCCAGAUGAUGAUCUACAUGAUGAUGUAGAUGAAGAGCUAAACAUUACUGAUAAAAAGAAACCAAGAUACUGGGAGGUUGAUGUUAUAAAUGCGGCGGGUCAGAUUUCAAGGAGACGUUUAACAGUGGCAGAUGUGCUUGAAGAAUCUCCAAAUGGAACCAGGAUAAUGACUCGAUGGAAUGAUGUUCCUCAACCGGUGGGGCAAUCUGCUAAAUUGUUAGCAAAUUAUUUGGGCCAAUUGGCAAGGCAAUUUAAAGAUUUUCCGAUAAUGGUUGAAAGAUGGGAUGCUGCAAUUUUAAAGAAAAAGAAAACUGAGUUUUAUAAUAGCAAAGUAAAGUCAAAGUUUGUUGUUGAUGAUGAUGGAGACCAUAAAAAAUAUGUUAUGUCUAGCCUUGGAAAGAAAUGGAAGGAUGGAAAGUCUCGAUUGUUUAAUAAACAUUACAAAUGGGAACUCACAUUAGAGGAGAAUCUCAAAAAUCGCCCAAGUUUUAUUCACCCAGAUCACUGGGCUGUUUUUGUGAAUUUUAGGAGGAAGGCUGAACAAGUGGCGAUUGCACAAAAAAAUGCAAGAAAUCGAAAAAAGCAAAAAACUCCUCAUACCCUAGGAACUGACUCGCUUGCGAUCAGAAAAGAUGAGUUGGAAUUGAGAUAUGGUCGAGAAUAUAGCAGGGGAGAUAUGUAUGUUGUUUCGCAUAAAGAUGCCAAGGGAAAAUUUGUCAAUGAAUAUGCAAGUCAAAAAGCUGAACUAUUGCAAGUUGAAAUGCAAAACACUUAAUGUGAGAAUGAAGCAUUUUUCAAAGUGUUUGGAAAGGAACAUGCUGGAUAUGUCCGUUCUAUGGGGCUUGGGAUAACACCAUCUCGAAUCUCUAGUCGCUCUACUAGAUUAGCCUCAUCUUCCAUCGAUGCUAAUGAGAAAAUGUUGAAAAUGCAAGCUGAGAUUGAUUCUCUUAAGGAGAAGGCUUCACAAGUUGAUUUCUUGAACGCGCAAGUUGCUUUUUUAAUGCAAAUGCAAGCGCAAAAUUCUAGAGACAAAGAGCCAACAAACUUAGAAACAAGAGAUGGUAGACAUUCAUCUGAGUCUAGCCACCGCCUUCAGGAUCAUUGAAGCAACAUCACUAGGGAACUUCUAAUUUUGCUACAGCUGUUUUGAAUGUUCAAUCACUAGUGUUUCAUUUUUUGAAUGUUUAAA